AUGGAUACCGGUACUGACACAAGUGGCCAUGCUGAUGCUGACCCCCUGUUUACCGAGAUUUCACCCACAGACUACUCUGGAGAGUUGCCGGAUCGAUUGGCGUAUCCUCACUGGUACCAACCUCAUCCCGUCGCCGUCUUUGCCGCCAAUGAGCUCCGAGCAGAGCUGCAAGAUCCAACAUCGCAUUGGAGCAAGCAUGACUUUGGUUUGAACACAAACACAACAAAUGCCUCAUCCGACAAAAAUGCAGUAGGGAAAAUGUUUGGCGUGCUUGUUGUCGUGGUCGAUGAUGACAAUGAAAGUGAGCAUGGAAAGCUGGGGUAUCUCAAGGCCUUUUCGGGGACACUACAGAACACGGAUGACGGCACUCCCCCAGGAUUUUGUCCCAUGAUCUACGAUCGGUUUGACAUCGAAAGCUUUUAUAAACAGGGAGAAGAAGCAUUGAACGCCAUGAACCGACAAGUGGAAGAACUAGAACAAUCGCCCGAACGAAGGGAACGCAAGAAACAGGCGGCUGCCCUCCAACAACAAGCACAACAACAACUGGAAGAAGCUAGACAACAUGGAAAGUCGCAAAAACGAGCACGACAACGGCAACGCCAAAAACUCAAAAAGACAUGCACACCCCAACAAUACCAAGCUCACGAAGAACAGUUGUUGCAAGAUGGAGCCAAGAUUCAACUCUCCGAAAAAGCCCUCAAAACAAUGUGGAAAGCAGAGCUCGAACAGGCACAACAAUCUCUUCAGGAAAUUGAAGAUCGGAUACAAGACUUGAAACAACGGCGCAAAAACACGUCCGCCCAGUUACAGAAUCAACUCUUUGACCGCUACCAAUUCCUCAAUCGACACGGGGACACCCAAUCAGUAUUGGACAUUUUUGCCAAAACGCCCUUGCUACGACCCCCGGGAGGAGCUGGCGAUUGUGCGGCGCCCAAACUCUUUCAGUAUGCCUACAAGAAAGGAUAUCGGCCCAUUGCCUUGGCGGAAUUCUGGUGGGGCAAGUCCCCAGCGCUCGAGAUUCGAAAACACAACUUUUACUAUCCUGCUUGUCGGGGCAAGUGUCAGCCCAUUCUGGAGCACAUGCUACAGGGAUGCCAUGUCGAGGAUAAUCCACUGGAACAGCCAUCACACAACACCAACGAAAAAGACUUGGAAAUAUUGUACGAAGAUGAUGUCAUGCUAGUCGUCAAUAAACCGCCGGAAAUGCUGUCCGUGCCGGGACGCCUCGUCCACGAGUCGGUAUAUUCCAUCAUCCAACAACGAUAUCCCAACGCCACGGGACCCUUACUCGUACACCGUCUCGACAUGUCCACCAGUGGGAUACUGGUCAUUGCCAAGGACAAGGACACACAUAAAAAGAUUCAAUCGCAGUUUAUUGAUCGAUCCAUCAAAAAGCGUUACACGGCCUUGUUGGAGGGAGAACUACUCGUCGACGACAAUGAUAACGACAACACACGCAAGGGAAAGAUUGACCUUCCUCUGAGUCUCGACUACCUGAACCGGCCCAUGCACAAGGUAGACUACAAUAAAAAGACGGGGAAGCCUGCCGUCACGUUCUACGAGGUCCUCGACGUCCAAGACGGACGGACCCGUAUCCACUUUUACCCCGUCACGGGAAGAACGCAUCAACUUCGAGUGCAUGCGGCUCAUGCCUUGGGCCUCAACAUGCCCAUUGUGGGCGACGAUAUCUAUGGACAAAGGGAUGAACGGAUGUGUCUUCAUGCAGGCUUUUUGGAAAUGACACACCCCACCACCGAAAAACGAAUGACGCUGGAAGCAAAAGUUCCUUUUUAG